CCCGCCGCUUUCCACCUCCAGUGCUGCAACCCUCCACUCAGCGAGGAAAUGCUGCCUCCAGGGGAGUGGAUGUGUCACCGCUGCACCGUGCGCCGAAAGAAGCGAGAACAGAAGAAAGAGCUGGGGCAGGUAAAUGGAUUGGUGGACAAAUCUGGGAAAAGGACCACCUCCCCAACCAGUGACGCAGACCUGUUGGACAGGUCUAGCAGCAGCAUCAGGGCUAAUGCGCAUGCCAGGAUCUUGGAAAGGAGAGCAAGCCGGCCUGGCACUCCCACAUCCAAUGCCAGCACCGAGACCCCCAACUCAGAGCAGAAUGAUGUCGAUGAGGACAUAAUUGACGUGGAUGAUGACUCUGCCAUUGCAGAAAUGGACUGUGGGCAGCCCCAGCUGAAGCGACCGUUUGAGCUUCUUAUUGCUGCUGCCAUGGAAAGGAACCCAACGCAGUUCCAGUUGCCGAAUGAAUUGACCUGCACCACAGCACUUCCAGGUACUAGCAAGAGGAGGAGAAAGGAAGAAACCACAGGAAAGAACGUCAAGAAAGCACAACAUGAGUUAGACCACAAUGGUUUGGUUCCCUUGCCGGUCAAAGUCUGCUUCACAUGCAACAGGAGUUGCAGAGUGGCACCUCUAAUUCAGUGUGAUUAUUGCCCACUCCUGUUCCACAUGGAUUGUUUGGAGCCACCUCUUACUGCCAUGCCUCUGGGUAGAUGGAUGUGCCCAAAUCACAUAGAACACGUGGUGCUGAACCAGAAGAACUUGACCCUGAGUAAUCGGUGCCGAGUAUUUGACCGGUUCCAGGACACCAUAUCUCAGCAUGUUGUCAAAGUGGAUUUCUUAAACCGAAUCCAUAAGAAACAUCCUCCGAAUCGCAGAGUUCUUCAGUCAGUGAAGAGAAAGGGUUUGAAGGUUCCUGAUGCUAUAAAGUCCCAAUACCGGCUUCCACCCCCGUUACUUGCGCCUGCAGCAAUUAGAGAUGGCGAGCUGAUCUGUAACGGGAUCCCUGAGGAACCCUUGCAGAAGCACCUUUUGAACACUGAGCACUUAGCCAGCCAGACAGAACAACAGGAGUGGCUCUGUAGUGUUGUUGCGCUCCAGUGCAGCAUAUUGAAACAUUUAUCUGCUAAGCAGAUGACUUCGCUUUGGGACUCUGAACAAACAGAGAAGGCUGAUAUUAAGCCUGUUAUUGUGGCAGACGGCGCGCUCGCCAACCCUUACCAGGCAGCUGACAAGGCACCCACACCUUCCCUCUAUUCCAUGUCAUCCUGCACCUCAGGGAUUACCACCCAGAAUUCCUUGAGUUCCUCACAAUCCCAGCAGACUUUAUCACAGGAAGAUGUCAACUGCAGCUCCUGUCUAGAUAAAUCCAAGAAGGUGUCUUCCUGCGGGACUUCGAAUGGGCCGACAGCCUCUGACGUUAAAGUAAACGGUCCUCAUUUCUAUGGCGUUUCAUCCGAACCUUCAGCACAGUUGCCUGACUCCCAGAGGCUGAUUGGAGCUGGUAACACAAUACCUGUUUUGUCUCAUCGGCAAACGUGGCCCAGGCCCCUCACGCCCCCAGCGACUUGUGGACUUCUGAAUCACACCAUUGGAACCAUUGUCAAAACAGAGAACGUAGGAGGACCCGUUUCUUGUUCACAAAGGGGUUCUGUGCCAGUCACAAGUAUGCCUACUUCCAUAUCGAGCUCCUGUGCCAGCCUGGAGACCACCAGCACUUUGCAAAGGAAGAACGUGCAGACGCAGAUAGGACCGCCGCUGUCAGCGGACCUGCGAUCCAUGGGCUCCCCUCUGACAGCCACCAGGGCUCUCACCCCUCCCCAGGCUGCAGGAGAUGGGAUCUCUGCUGUUGGAUCCACAAACAGAUUCUGUUCACCAGCACCACCUUCAGAUGGUAAGGUCAGCCCCAGCACCUUAUCCAUAGGAAGCGCUUUAACUCUACCCUCAUCACUCACUUCGAACUCUGCAGCUAUGCUGGACCUCACCAGUUCCCUGAAAGCGUUUAUGGAUGGCGAGAUUGAGAUAAAUAUGCUGGAUGAGCAGCUGAUCAAGUUUCUGGCCUUGCAGAGAAUACAUCAGCUCUUUCCUUCCAAAGCUCAGUCUCUAGCAAGCAGUGUCAGUGCCCAUCAGCAAUCUCCUGUGGCAAACCACAUUGAAGCGCAAAGAAAGGAAGUGCAAGCACGGGCAGUGUUCUACCCUCUGAUGGGCUUGGGGGGUGCAGUCAAUAUGUGCUAUCGAACCCUCUACAUUGGGACAGGAGCCGAUAUGGAUGUGUGCCUUACAAGCUAUGGUCACUGUAACUACGUGUCCGGCAAACACGCCUGCAUAUUCUACGAUGAGAAUACGAAACAUUACGAGCUGUUGAACUACAGUGAGCAUGGGACAACGGUGGACAACGUUCUCUAUUCGUGUGACUUCUCGGAGAAGAUGGCUCCCACUCCUCCCAGCAGUAUUGUUGCCAAAGUGCAGAGUGUGAUAAAGCGACACAAAAGCAGGAAGCAGGAAGAGGAGCCGCAUGAAGAAGCCGCCGUGAUGAAUUCACAGGCACAAGGGCAGCAUCGGAAACCCUGCAACUGCAAAGCCAGCAGCUCCAGCUUGAUAGGGGGCAGCGGGGCUGGCUGGGAAGGGACAGCUCUGCUCCACCACGGCAGUUACAUCAAGCUGGGCUGCCUGCAGUUCGUUUUCAGCAUUACCGAAUUUGCGACCAAACAGCCCAAGGGGGACACUGCCUUAGUACAAGACAUGGACUUGGAGGAGAAGCUUUCUCUGAAACCCCACCAGGUGCCCGUGCUGCGCUCCAACUCUGUUCCCUAGGAAUUUCGAGGAAGAGAGUUUUGGAGAUAAGGAAACGCCCUCAGACUCUUUGCAAUGCAAAACUGUACAAAAACCGAGGUGGGAUUUUCUAUGUCAGCCCAGAGACUGUCCACACGCCGUUUGCAUGAAAUGAAGAACGUUUAACUUUUUUUAAUUUUCUUUUUUUGCUCAAGUUUUAGGGGCAUUUGCACAUAUAUUUGUACUAUACAUUUCAUUUUAAAAGGAAAACUGCAGCGAGAGCAGGACGCGUCGGAGCGAGGGGCGUCUGAGCCGAGGACUCUCUCUGACAGAUCGUACCCACGCAGUUGUAAAAUAAUCAGAAACUUGUUCUAUUUUGUGCCAGUGACAAUAGUUUUAUAUUAAAAGAGAAAUACAGUUUUCAUACAGCAAAUCUAUACAAUAUCAUUGUUUUAUUUAAUGUAAAGAAGCGCUCUUCUUCCCACAGUUACGUUUCCCAUCCCUCCCCGCUCUGGUUGCACUACAGUAGCUACUGUGUAUUGGGCAGUGAGAAAUGAAUUCUUUUCCUGGUGUCCAUCCUCUCUUUUUUUUUUUUUUUAAUUUC